AGAGACAACAUGGCAGAGAUGGAGAAAGAGGGCAGACCCCCGGAAAAUAAAAGGAGCCGAAAGCCUGCGCACCCAGUGAAGAGGGAGAUAAACGAGGAGAUGAAGAGUUUUGCAGAGAACACCAUGAAUGAGCUGCUGGGCUGGUACGGCUACGACAAGGUGGAGCUGAGGGACUCUGACAACCUGGACAUAGGGGACACCCCCCAACACAUCUCUGUCCUCAGAGAAAACUUGUUGCCAAAAAUCCCGGUUUCAGCCGAGAGCAGCGAGGGCUCCCCGGAUCGAGCCAACAGCUCCCAGUCUUUGCCAGGCCACAGGAACGGAGUCACAGAUCCCACCACCACACCAUACACCUCCACGCCCGGCAACAUGGAACAUGGCAGCCUGCCCAUCAGAGUCCCCAUGAUCCCCCCUCCACUGAUCAAGCCCCCUGCAGAUGAGGAUGCAUCCAACAUGCAGAUCAUGUGCGCCUGGUGCCAGAAAGUCGGUGUCAAACGCUACUCUCUGAGCAUGGGGAGUGAGCUGAAGAGUUUCUGCAGUGAGAAGUGCUUCGCCGCCUGCCGCAGAGCCUAUUUUAAGAGAAAUAAGGCGAGAGACGACGAUGGCCUCGGUGGGAAAUUACCCCAGAACAGCUUUACUCAGGACACGCCCAGGCUUGUCUUCAAGACAAACAGCGAUGUGCUUGUGUGUGACUGGUGCAAACAUAUUCGCCACACUAAGGAGUACCUGGACUUUGGUGCUGGUGAGCGGAGGCUGCAGUUCUGCAGUGCCAAAUGCCUGAACCAAUAUAAGAUGGACAUUUUCUACAAGGAGACGCAGGCGGCACUGCCUGGUGCACUGUGUAACCCAGGACAUGGGCCUGGUGGGGAGGGUACGCUUGAGUGCAGUGGAGGGGUACAGCUGCUCACUCCAGAAUCCUGGGGAACACCAUUAACGGACCUACGACGUAAAGCUCCCUCACCAAGCACCAAUUCUGGCUUUGCCCCUUGUACUUCUUCUGCCACCUCACCCUCAGACACUGCUGCUCUCCACUCACCGUCCUCCUCCUCCUCAGCCAAGAUCCCCACACCCAGACCCCAUGAGAGCCCCACACUCCCCCCUCCACCUGUUCCCACUUUGCACCCACCAGUUGGAGUUCCCUCUGGUAGCCCUCCAAUGAUAAUGACACCCCGGGGGCCUAUGCCCCUGCCUCUGUUCAUGGAGCAUCAAAUGAUGCACCAGCUACGUCCUUCGUUUCUUCGCCCCUCUGCCCACCCAGCAGGGCCCCACAGCCCACUUUCAAACCCUAUGAUCCCUGGUAUUGGUCCUCCACAUCCUCCGAGGACCUUUGGUCCAGCAUCAAGCCCCAUGCACAGGCCCAUGCUAUCUCCACAUGUCCAUCCCUCAGCCAAUCCUAAUCAUGGCAUGAUGCCUCCCUAUCCUGGUCUCCAAAUGCCAGGCAUGCCCCCUUUCAACAUGAUGCCCAAUGGACAUAUACCCAUGCCCCAAAUGAUGAAUUUUGGCAUGCCAUCAUUUUCCCCAUUGGUUCCCCCACCAACUCUGUUAGUCCCUUAUCCUGUUAUUGUACCCCUCCCAGUCCCAAUACCUAUUCCAAUCCCAAUUCCCAUGAACCCCAAAAUGUACAGGGACCCACCAGAGAGCAAUGUCUCUGUGCACAGUGCUCCAGAGUCGUCAGAAGCUUCAGUUUCUGGGCCCCACUCUCCAAGUUCCUCUGGCAGUGACCGAGGGGAGCAGAAAAUAGAGCCAGCUAGUGCAGAGCAUCUUUCUCCUGUACUUUCAGAGAGAAGUAGAAUGGCAUUAGUGGAUUUGACUGUGAAGGCAGAGGAAAAUGCAGGCAACCAGUGUCUAACCAGCAGUCCCAGACUUAUGGAUGGUGUUAUUGAUCUAACUGUGGGCCAGAGGUCAUGCCAACAGCAGGUAAUUCAGAGGAUGCUACCUGAGGUCCGGGUCAAAAUAGAAGCAGAGGCUGAAUCUCAAUCUCCACCCGCUGCUGGGCUGGGGAGGGAAGGGAAGGGCAGUCAUGAUGGUGGGGAAGGGGGUCUCUCACAGGGUCUCGUCAGUGCUCCCCUGCUGGAAGGAGCCACACACACAAACACACUGGAAUCAUCAGAGCCACCAUCCCACAACAACAGCCUUUCUUGCAAUGGUGAUCCUCCAGUGAGCCAGCUAAAUCCCUCCAUCUCCAUCUCCAGCCUCACCCCACCACCCUUACCCAGCACAGCACGGACCCAGCCCCAACCACUGACCCAAACCCAAACUAACCCUGGUACCCCAUGUAAUGUCAUAGUCAAUGGCACAGGAUGGCAUCCACUUCUCACCCCUACCUUUGACUCUUUUCCUGAACUAAAAAGAGACAGGGUUGCAGGGGAAGGGGGGGAAGAGGAUCAGCCAGCCAAUGGAGAGCUGGAGUGUGAGGCACUGAAAGAAAACAAUUGCUCUGUUGGAGACUGGGAGCCAGGGAAGCGGCGCUCAGCACAAGACGAGAUGGUAAACUCAGUAGAGGGAAAGCCAGACCCUGACUCCAACUUGGAGGAGGGCGAGCAUGCAUAUGCCCUGCCACUGCUGUCUGCCGGAGGCUGUGUGGUCAUCCAGCCUGUGCCAAAGCCCGGCGCUGACAAGACGGCCAUCCUGUCCUGUUCCAUCAGUGCACCUUUAUCAGCAGCCGGGAGCCCCGACCUGGAACCGCCAAUGAAGAGGAGGUGCCUGCGAAUCCGCAAUCAAAACAAAUGAGAUGGAUGCUCUGAGGGAUGCAGUGCCAUCAAUGACACUCACUUGUCCAACCCCACCUCCAAAUCCCACCCCUCCCCACUACACCACUGCACACACACACAAACACUCACACACACUCACACACACUUUGUUCUCGUCGUCACCCAUCGUCCAGUCUACCAGCACCACAAAUCGCCUUCAACGACUGAUGAGAGUCCAACCAAACAUGUUGAUGUGUAUCAUAGCAGGGCGUACAGGACUUCUUUUGUCUGUGGGACAAAGACUCUAAUGGACUGAACUUACAGAUUUGAUGUCGUGGCCAGCAGGAUCGUUUCACCUCCUUGCAACAGGAGGACUUCACCCUACUGCUUCUCUCCUCAUUUGGAUUCUCUCAGCCCACACUGUCCCUUAUACCUUAUACACCCUCCCCUAUCAAAGCAAGUGCUCUGUUACACACUAUAGUGUACGAUAUUCAGAGCCACUGUUGGGAAGCUGGUGAGGGAGCCUGGAGAGAGAUGUCCAUCCUUUUACGAUAGGCUCCUGUUUAGGUCUGACCUAAUGCCACACCACAGUUAAUAUCUCAACUCCAGCAAGUGUUGUUUAUUUACCUCACACAAACUGCCACUAAGGGUAAGUCAAAUUUCAGAAAGUCGCGACUGUAGAGCCACAGAGUUGAAAAAGAUCUAUCCAAUAAUCUUCUCAGCCUGGACUUGUCAACCACCAUUAAAGAAGCCUAUUUUCCCCCAGGACAUCGAGUGUUAAUGUCCAGGGUUAAUUCUGAUGGGUGGGAAAAAGACACAUAAAAGUUAAUGCAAUGUAACUGAAGGACAAUAUGAAGAGCUUUUCUGAGGCUAGAAAAAUGUCCUUGGACAUUAAAUCAUCAAUUGUGUUGAGCGUUAUUCCAACUGAAUCAGCAAACUGGAGGAUAGAAUAUUAACCUUCACCAGCAAAUGAUGGCAUGUUCCUGUGGCAUCUACUUGUUUGCUCAUAGAAAUCACCAAAUUUAAAUAUAUAUUAUUAUACAAGAAUGAGACAGAGUUGUCAUGAUAAUCAUUCGUUGUAUUUACAUUUUCUCAUCCUCUGGAACACAGCUUGUGUACUUGAACGUGAGUGAGUAACAGUACUGUGGGCCCCUGCUGUCGGAGAACAUUUCAGUGCUCACUGCUCACACAUAAGAAGUGGGAUGGCAGGGCAAUGUGGAAACUCUGCCAACCUGCAAUAGGUACUUGCUACCGCAGGCUAGUACUUAAUCUUUUCUAUAAUACAUUACCAGUGAUGUUCCUGUCAUGGGUUAGUUUGAGACUGACUGCACUGAAUUUAGAGGGGGCAACGGAAAGUCUGCUCUUUCAUGAAUAAUUCCUUUGGGAUCUGUAAAGGAAAAGAAGCUGAAAUAAUACUAGAGAAGAUAUUUCCACAGUAAACACACUGAAGACAGAUUCUUUUUUUUUAUGUAUAAUUUGGGAAAUCUACACAUUGAUGCUUGCUUGUCCACUGAACCGACCCCGCCAAAUUAAACUUCUUCUCUUGCCAGGUCUUAUUUGUUUUGAGCCAAACCUUAGGGGGCUGUUGUCCUCGAUUCAGUGCUGAGCUCUAUGUGCAGCUUUAAGGGGCAUGUCAGGUAAAAGCAUCACAAACUGUAACUGUCAUUAAACCAGAUUGAUGUGAUCCAGUUACACUUUGGCUUAAGCCUGUGAGCCGAGACCCCAUCACACAAAGCCAGCCAUUUAAUUGACACUCCUAUGGAGGAGGUGCAUUUUACCAAUGCAAUACUUGGUGUUAUCAUAAGCCAAAGGCCUGGUGUGUUGAAACAAAACAUGUCGCCUAGUUUUCAUUAAGAUUUCAACCGAAAAAUUUGACUAGAUAAUUUAUGGUUGCCAAUUUAACAAGCACUUAUUUUUAAAAUAACAGAAAAAGGAAUAUCGAGGAGAACACAAGUGAAUGUCAGAAGCAGUAUUACCAUUUGUUAUUUCCUGCAAGUAAGGUUGAAGAGUUGAGAGAAUCUAAACCAUACGUUACAUUGGUAUAACCUUGUCCUUUCUCACCUUAUAACGAGACACUGAUGAGUCAUUCUUUGUCCGAAUGAGGCCCAACAUUUACACACACACAUGCACGUAAUAAGAAUACACGCACAAAAUGCACAUAGUAAAUUAGGCUUUGUGUGUAUUUGUGUGUGUGGCAGGUGCAAGCAGAAAGCCCAGUUGAGAUUACAAAGUGUUGACUCAGAAUAAGCAGUGUGCAACUCUAUCUGUUGCCUGUUAGUCAGGCAUUUAGGCUUAGCUCGCCACUUGCCAAGGUCCAGCUUUGGUGUCACUUUAUGCAUUUUCACGCCAUCGCUCAAAGCAAAAGCAGUAAAUAUGUUCUUUUUUUUAAACAGAUGUCUUUUGUCUUUUUUAUUUUUCCUGAUCAUAAGUAGAAACACUCCUUUUUGUAGUUCUUUCACGGAUUUCCAUAUGCACCUAAUUUCUAAAGACUCGAAAUUGAGCGAAUGCACCCCUGUUGCCAAAUGGCAAUUUCUCUAUCAAACCUCAUCUGUGAUCUUGCAAGUGAAAGCACAAAAACCAGGGAUGAUGUAACUCAGAAAGCUGACACUGUAGCCUCAAGUGUCUGUGCUGCAGAACAAAUACAUACUGUAACAAUACUAAACCACCGCCACGACUUUGGAGACCAUUAGCCGCCCAGCACACCCCACACUAUUCUUACCAGAAACCAAAAAAGGUCUCUCAUAUUUUAACUACUAACAUUUGUCAUAUUGUAUUUAUUACUGAUAUGCUUUUUGUACAUUUACUUUCUAAAAAUAUGUGUGUAACUUUUUAAAAGAUGAUUAGUCCCUCCAGGUUGUGAAAAACAAUAGUAGCUACAUCCCAAUACACAACAGCACCAUUGGUACAGAUGUGUCCUUUCUCUGAUGGGUAGAACGAUUACAGUUUCCUGUCUGUUAGUGCUCGGGCCUGCCCAUUAUUCUGCGCAAUUGCAGUUCAAAACGAAAGGUGGAAAACUCUCAUCUUGGUAAUCCCAUCUGUUCGGUGAGGAGAAAAAAGUUUUCACAAAAUAAUCUGUGUCCUGCUCGCUCGUUACUUCGUAGCUCAGAGCCUGCGGGCAUUUUCAAAAAAGACAGAAGACUGACUGUAACAAAGUUGUUAUGAUACAUUUCUGUCCUGUUCGGUGGCUGAGAUGAAUGAUGGUCUUGUGGGUAGAUUGCCAUAAAAUGGACUGAGCCCGCUGAUGUUAAUUAGAGCAUGAACCCUUUCCAACUCGGCCACUCCAUUAGCUUUUCUCUAGCACCACCCUCAGGACAAAAUGUCAACUGUACAGAUCCAAUACCCCAAAGUAAUUGUUUAGAUUUCACUUUACGGAAAAGUUCAACAUUUUCUGACAUGCACACAUUUGCUUUAUGCAGAAAAUUAGAUGAAAAUCUUGAUACUACUCUUAUAUCUGUAUGUUGAAUAUGAAGCUAGAGCCAGCAGCUGGUUCAUUGAGUUUAACAUAAAGACUGGUUGAAAAAUAAAUAGCCUGGAUCUUUCCAAAGCUUGAAAAGAAAUACCAGCAUCUCUAAAAGUCUUUAUGUUAAGCUAAGCUAGCUGGCUAAUGGCUGUAGUUUCAUAAAUGUAAUUCCCAAAAUGUGAAAGUACAGUAUUCCUUCAAAUUUGCAACCAGGACAAAUGCAAGUAGAUAUGUUGACCUUUCACGGACCUUUCUUCUGCUUCCAUCAUCAGGCCAAAUUUGCAAUUUUAGUCUAUUUUAUACUACUGGCUGAUCUCCCAGUCUUUCUCUAAGUGGGUUAGAAAAGGUUUAGGGGCUUGAUUUGAAACAGGAACUAUCAGAAAUCCAUUGUAUCUGUUUUCCUCCCUUGCUCGACACCUUAACACACACAUACAGACAAACACAGAUUAAACUACAUGCGCAAUAUGUCUGGUCCUAAUGUGCACCAUGUUGUGUAGCAUUACAAAAGGCAAGAUGUCCAUGUCGGAGAAAGAUACUGAAGAUAGGAAACCAUGACUCUCGCGUGGAAAUCCUGGACCAGUGAAUCAGUCUUUUGAGAUGAUGAACUGACUCCUGACAAACCUCCAGCAUUCCUUUUUUGAUGAUAGACUACAGGCCCCGGUCAGCAGCCUGAAUUAUGCAAUGACAACUAACUCCAAACCUAAUAGAGGCGAGUGGUCCACAGACAAAAUAAAACAUGACUGGACUUCAUGUUUCUGUUCAAAAACAACAGAGAAGUUGCCUUAACUCUUGCUUGUAUAAUCUCCACAGUUAAGACAAUGAUGCUUGCUUGUAAAGAAGACUCUCCCUUCUUUGUACAAAACGAAAUAUACCAGAAACAAACAACUUUGUUAUCUUGCUUGUGUCAAUGUAUAGAUGAUCAGCUUUUUCUGUAACUUGUAUGGACUGUCACAUUUUUGCUAAGACGAAUCCUUCCUCAGAGCUUUCUCGUUCCUAAACAUCCGAUCUGUUCGACGUUUUAACUUGUGGUGGACUGUCAAUCUUUUUGUGUACAUUUUAUAAUAUUAUUUAUUGUUGACAAGAUUUUUGCAUUCGCAAAUAAUAACAUGAAGACGGUUUGACCUGAGCAUUAUGUUUCAAUGUAAAGGCCUGGUGAUCAGUGAAAUGAUUUUUUUUUUUAUUAUUGAAAUGGAGAAAACGGGAUCUUCUGGAGGCGAUGAUCUUCUGUCUUUUUAUUAUGACAUUGUAACAUGUACAUAACAGGUGGCCAAAAUUGCUUUGGAAAAUGAUCUUUUUUUGUGUUGUAACAGUAUUUGUUUUAUCCAGUGAAUUGCUCAUGAAGACAAAUAAAUAAGAGGAACACACAA